AUGCUGCAGACGAAUGACGGCUGUUGCUACAGCUUCUUCACGGUGUGGUUUUUCUCGCGGUUUUGCGGGUACCUCUUGAUGUUCGCGUGCCAAAUGGUGUGGUUCCUGCUGAUUCUGGGGUUUCUGCUGUCGUUUAUGCAUUGCAAAAUUAUCGUACUAAGUGUCGACUGCAUUACAAAUUUUUCCAAAGACGAAAAUGGAGUCUGUAAUGCUGAUUUUGCGUGGGAAUGAGAUUUGUCAUGCAUGCAUCACGAUCGCAAUUUCUAGUGCGAGCGCGAUACUUUUGCAGAGCAUAUCGCUCCUGUUCACACAGUUCCUCCGGAUGGAAUCGGACGCGUUGCUGUUGUAUCAAAUGCAAAUAUGUCCUCUGGGUCUGGAAUGUGGAUGCAAGACUUGUCAUGCAUAUUUUCCAUGCCCCAUGAAGUUUGGAAUGCAGGACCCAGCAUGACAGGUUCUAGUGCGACGUCUCUAUCAUGCCUAUCCUGCAUGACAAACUGCCUCGAAUGAACUUGCUCAACAACAGUGUGCAGCUUUUGGUAGUCAUGCAACGCAAAUUUUUGUACGAUCCAGGCUUAGCAUGACAAGUUCGCGCCCUCCCAGACCCAGAGAUAUUUGCAAUGCAUAUGUUAACCGGUCCGGCGACGAGUUACCGUUAUUUCGGACAUGUCAGGUAUGAUUACGAUCCGGCGCUGGUGAAGAGUAAUGGCG